UCACCGGUCACACUUUUCCAACUGCCCGAAGUCAUGUCGUCCGCCAAACCGCAUAUUUUGAUUAUUGAGCCGUUUUACGGGGGCAGUCAUAAACAGCUGAUUGACACACUGAUCGAGGGUCUCAGCGAAACUGACUAUGAGAUAUUCAGCCUUCCCGCCAAGAAAUGGCAUUGGCGAGCUCGUACUUCCGCUCUGCAUUUUUCCCAGCUGAUACCCCUCGAUCACGAAUACCGGGUGCUAUUUACCAGCUCCGUACUCAGCCUGGCCGAACUGAUAGGCGUCCGUCCGGAUCUUGGAGCGUGCCGGAAAAUCGUAUACUUCCACGAAAACCAGCUGAUCUAUCCAGUACGUGAGGUAAAACAGCGCGACUGUCAAUACGGUUUCAAUGAGAUCCUAUCCUGCCUCGCCGCCGACAUUGUGCUCUUCAAUUCCCAGUUCAAUUGCACUUCAUUUCUGGACAAUGUGCAACCCUUCCUAAAAAUCCAGCCAGAUUUUAAGAUAAAACAAAUUCGGGAACAAAUUCAGAAGAAAUGCCAAGUUCUAUACUUCCCCGUCAAGUUUCAGCGAUUUCCCAACAAACGGAAGACCCCUAAAGAAGAUAAUACCGAUCUGGAUCAGGAUCAGCAGUGCCUGCACCUCAUAUGGCCACAUCGCUGGGAGCACGACAAGAAUCCAAAGCUAUUGGCUGAGGCGCUUUACGAGCUCAAUGGGCGCAAUGUGGACUUCAAGGUGACCAUAUGUGGCGAGAGCUACCAGGAGAUUCCAGAGGCUUUCGAUAAUAUCCAAGAGAAGCUGGGGAAUAAGCUGGUAAACUUUGGUCAUCUGGAACGAGACGAGUAUGUGAAAACUCUGCUCUCUGGUGAUAUUGUCAUCUCAACUGCUGACCACGAGUUCUUCGGCGUGGCGAUGCUGGAGGCCACUUACUGUGGUUGCUAUCCCAUAGUCCCCAAUAAAUUGGUUUACCCUGAAAUCUAUCCGAAGGAAAACCUGUACAACACCUCCAACGCUUUGGUCAAAAAGCUCUAUAACUUCUGCCGAAAUCCGAGGGUCUUUCGUAAACAGCGCGAUCAAUUUUUCGAGACAUUCAGUUUCGAAUGCUUCUCGGCGCAGCAACUUGUGCCAAAAUAUCUAGACUUGUUAAACAUAAAUAUAAGUCUUAACUAAUCUAUACAUUUGACAUGUAUUUUGCUUCCCUUUG